AUGGCAUCAUCUGUGCCCAUCCCUAUCGCCAUCGUAGGCUACUCAUGUAAACUACCUGGCGAUGUUUCUUCUCCAGAGGAGUUAUGGGAGCUGUGCUCGCGAGGUCGCACCGGCUGGAGUCCUACCCCCUCUACACGCUACUCCAAAGAUGCAUACUACCAUCCAGCUCCUGGCAAACAGGGAUGCAUCAACACAGAGGGCGGUUACUUCCUCCAAGAGGAUCCUGCUCGUUUUGAUGCCCCUUUCUUCAACAUGACUGUGCAAGAGGCCACUGCACUUGAUCCUCAACAACGCCUUCUUCUCGAAUGUACCUUCGAGGCUUUCGAGAGCUCUGGCAUGACCAAGGAAGGUGUCGCUGGAACAGAUGUUGGUGUCUUUGUCGGUGGAAGUUUCGCCGAUUAUGAGGUUCACAACACCAGAGACAUCGAUACCGCACCCAUAUAUCAGGCCACUGGCUGUGCACCGGCAAUGCAGUCUAACCGUCUCUCAUACUACUUCGACCUACGAGGCCCCAGUAUGACUGUAGAUACGGCAUGCUCGUCAUCUCUGGUGGCGUUGCACAGUGCCAUGCAAAGUCUUCGCAAUGGAGAGUCAUCAUCAGCAGUCGUUGCUGCAGCGCAUCUCAACUUGUCGCCUGACUUUUUUGUUACUAUGUCGAACACACAAUUGCUCAACGACGCUGGUAAGACUUUUGCUUUCGACCACCGAGCUAUAUCAGGAUUUGCACGUGGCGAAGGUGCCGGCGCCCUAAUCUUGAAGCCCCUUGAUGUCGCUAUGCGCGAUGGCGAUGUGGUCCGAGCUGUGAUUCACAACUCGGGAGUCAACCAAGACGGCAAGACCAAUGGUAUCACUGUACCGAACGGCCGUGCUCAAUCAGACCUGAUCAAACAGGUCUAUGCCAAAGCGGGACUUGAUCCAGCCGACUGCGGAUUCAGUGAGUGUCACGGAACUGGUACCAAAGUCGGUGAUCCCAUCGAAGUUGCUGGUAUACACGAAGCGCUGGGCGCUGGUCGUGGUCCCAGGAAUCCUCUCUUCAUCGGCUCUGUCAAAAGCAAUGUUGGACACCUUGAAGGUGCCAGCGGAAUAGUUUCGGUCAUCAAAGCCGCAAUGAUGCUGGAGAAGGGCAUGAUCCUGCCUAAUGCAAACUUCGAAAAAGCCAACCCAAACAUUCCACUUGACCAAUACAACAUGAAGGUUCCAACAUCAACCAGACCUUGGCCACGUGGAAAGAAAUAUGUCUCGGUUUCCAACUAUGGCUUCGGUGGUGCAAACGCCCAUGUCGUCUUGGGCGCUGCUCCCAAAGGAAACAAGACUACCAUGGUUACGAUCGGCUCUCUUGACGAAGCCCCUAAGGAUCCGCAAUGCAAACUGUUUGUGCUGUCUGCCCACGACUCUCAAGCCUUGCAGAAGAAAAUUCGCGAUCUCGGCAAUUUUCUUGAGCAACGGCCCGAGGCCUUCGAGAAGCUACUUGCUGGCAAUGUAGCUUACACCCUUGGCGAAAGACGUUCUCACCUGCCUUGUAGACUUGCACUUGCGGCAGUCUCGUCUGACGAACUGGGCCACAGUCUUGCAACCGCAAAGGUCCCCACUUUCAGAGCUCGUAGCGAGCCCACCUUGGGCUUUGUCUUCACCGGGCAAGGCGCGCAAUGGGCCACUAUGGGUGCCGAGCUUGCUCGCGACUACCCCAUUUUUGCUACUGCGCUGGACGCGGCAGAUAGCACACUCAAAGCGGUUGGUGCCGACUUCUCUUUGAAGGCGGAACUCUUGAAGCCUGCAGACGCUUCACUCAUCAAUGCUGCUCACAUCAGUCAGCCUGCUUGUACCGCACUGCAGAUUGCACUCACUUUGCUCUUGAGCUCAUGGGGCAUACACCCUGCUGCCGUGGUCGGCCACUCGUCGGGCGAGAUUGGUUGUGCUUUCGCCGCUGGCAUCAUUGGUCUCGAGGAUGCGAUGAAGAUUGCUUACUUCAGAGGCCAAUGUAUGCUUAGCCUCAAGCAGAAAGCUGUGGGGAAACCACAGGGAACCAUGAUGGCCGUUGGUGCCAGCGUCGAAAGCAUUCGUCCUCUUCUCGACGCUGUCACUAAAGGCUAUGUCACAGUGGCCUGUGUCAAUAGCCCUUCUUCGGUGACUCUGUCUGGCGACGUUGAAGCGGUUGAAGAGCUCCAGCCAAUCUUGACGGAGAAGAGUAUCUUCAACAGACAGUUGAAGGUUGGUGUUGCGUAUCACUCCGCACAUCUCGAGCCGGUUGCAGAUGAGUAUCUCGACUUGAUCAAGGAUAUUCAGCCUGCCGCAACUGCCACUGCAACUUUCUACUCAUCUUUACUUGGACGUGUUGCUGAGCCUUCGGAGCUCACUCCCGACUACUGGGUUCAGAACCUGACUUCACCUGUCAGAUUUUCUGAUGCGCUUGGUGCGAUGGCAAAGGAGACUGGAUCCAAAGUAAUCGACCAGCUAGUGGAGCUUGGCCCUCACUCCGCUCUCCAAGGCCCUAUCAGAGAUACCCUAGCUACGAUUGAUGCUGCGAAGGGCAAGAUGCAGUAUGUCUCCGUUCUUGCAAGGAACCAGAACGCCAGCGAGUGUGCCCUUCGUAUGGCAGCUGCUCUCUACAUGAAGGGACUGCCCCUGACUUUUGGCGAGAUCAACUUCCCUCGUACCAAGAGUAUCAACCAAAAACUUAUCACCGAUCUUCCGAGAUAUCCAUUCAACCACGAUACCAGAUACUGGCACGAUUCUCGUCUGGCACAGAAACAUUGUUUCAAGGAAGGUGGGCGUAACGACAUCCUGGGAUCGCUCGCUGAUUGGUCCAACGAUCUCGAGCCUACUUGGAGGAACAUCGUUCGGCUGGAUGACUUGCCUUUCCUCCGUGGCCACAAGAUGCAGUCUAUGCCCGUUUUCCCGAUGGCAGGCUACAUGGGCAUGGCUCUCGAAGCCGCUGCUAGACGCGCAAAUGCUCGCGGCGUUCAAUUUGAACGUCUUGAGAUCCGAGAGUUCGUUGUCAGCAGUGCAUUGGUCCUCAAUGAGGACACUGAUGUUGAGAUGACCAUCACCCUGAUGCCUUACAGUGAAGGGCUUCGCGGUGCAGCAUCUGAUUUGUGGGACGACUUCAAAAUCUGCUCUUGGGACGUAAAGCGUGGAUGGCUUCAGCACUGUCACGGUCUUGUUGGUGUCCGAAGCUCUGCGGCCACAAACGCUGUCGAUGCACACAAGAUUCAGAGUGCUUCCAGAGCAUUUGAGGCACGCAAAUCGAGCAUUAUCCAUGCAUCCACUGAUACCGUUGAUGUUCAAGCCAUGUACGAGACACUCACUGCAGUUGGUGCUGAGUAUGGACCCGUGUUCACCGGUUUGGUGCCUUGCCAAGCAAGUGACUCGGCCGCCCAUGCUGAGCUCAUCGUACCCGAUACUAAGUCUCUGAUGCCCAAAGGCUACGAGACUGAUCUGAUCGUGCAUCCUGCUCUUCUGGAUCAGAUCAUCCAGAUCGUUUGGCCCAUAUUUGGUGCAGGUCGUCAGGGGCUCGAUACGCUGUAUAUGCCCACCUUUGUCAAGAACUUCAGCAUCUCAAGCAAAUUCUCUGCAGCCCUUGGCUAUCAGCUCGAGGUGUUUGGCUCAGGAGCUCCCAAUAGAGACGCUCCUGAGCCCACGAGGUUUGGUUUCUUCGUUGUAGAUUCCUCCAACGCCAAUGAGCCUCUUCUCGAGUUCGAGGGCCUUACAAUGACCCCCCUUCGUGAGUCCAGUGGUAGCUCUGGACCUCAAGCUCGCGAGCUCUGCUAUAAGAUCGAUUGGCAGACGGCGUCUGAAGCAGAAGAAGUUGACUUGGAGAAAUCCACGUCUGAUGUCUCAGACACAAAGGUCAAAGCCGAUUCUCUUGUCAGUACGCCUUUCACAAGGGAUGAAACUAUCUACGUUGUCUACAAUGAAGCCGAUGAGAAGACUUCGGCAGCUGAGAUUGCCUACAAUAUCUGGCAAACUUCAGGAAUUCAAGCCGAGCUGGUUACACUCUCAAAGCUCGUACCUACCGACAAGCAAAUGGUCUUCGUAACCGGCAAAAACAUUCUGACAGGUAUUGACACCCAAACAUUCGACGCUCUGCGCCAGAUGCUACUUUCAGCUCGCAAAGUCCUUUGGACAUACAAGGAAGGUCCUGAUGACUUCGAUGUUGAAGGAAGCAUGGUCGUUGGUUUCGCUCGUACCAUACGCUCGGAGACAUCUGCCAACAUCAUUACUCUGGGUCUCCAGGGAGCUCUCGAUAAGACUACUAUCAAGAACGUCUUGACGAUUCUUUCCAAGACUAGUGUCGAUUCGACGUCGGCUCUCAAGGACGAUAAAGAAUUCAUCUUGAAGGGCGACGAGCUGCUGGUGCCCAGAGUCGUCGAUGACGAGGAAUUGAAUGUCCGACUUCAUCAAGAAUCGCAAGACUCGGUUGUGUACCAGCAGCCCUUCGCACAAUCUGACCGUCGCCUCAAGAUGACCAUCGCCACGCUUGGUUCCCUCGAUUCGUUUUAUUUCAUUGACGAUGAAGCUAAGCCGCUCGGCGACAACGAAGUCGAGAUUGAAGUCAAGGCUACUGGUAUGAACUUUAAGGAUGUGGUGGUGACGAUGGGACAAUUGGCACAACCAUAUAUCGGUGUCGAGUGCAGUGGUAUCAUUGCAGCUGUUGGCAAGAAUGUGAUAGACGUCAAGAUCGGACAAUCUGUCAUGGCCAUGACGGAAGGUGCAUACAGCACCUACGCUCGCUGUUUGUCGACUAGCGUUGCGCCUCUGCCCGAGAAGACGGAUUUCACCGCUGCUUCGACCAUCCCUGUCGUCUUCUGUACCGCCUACUAUGGUCUCUUUGACCUGGGACGUCUUAUUGAGGGCGAAACAGUUCUCAUCCAUGCCGCAGCUGGUGGUGUUGGUCAAGCCGCUAUCAUGUUGGCCCAAACUUGUGGCGCCGAAAUCUUUGCCACCGUCGGAAGCAUUGACAAGAAACAGCACAUCAUGAAGGAGUACGGCAUUCCUGAGGAUCAUAUCUUCAACAGUCGAGACACUAGCUUUGGGCCUGCUAUCCGUCAGGUCACCGCUGGAAAGGGCGUUGAUGUCGUCCUCAACUCUCUUGGAGGUGAAUUCCUGCGCGAAAGUUGGGACUGCUUGGCACCGUUCGGCCGAUUCAUUGAGAUCGGCAAGGCAGAUAUCACGAAGAACAGUAGACUCGAAAUGGCUCAAUUCGAGUACAAUGUUUCUUUUGCUUCAGUCGAUCUGACCAAAGUGGCUGCAUACCGUCCCAAGCUCAUGAAGAGACUUCUGAACGAUGUGGAGAAGCUGAUGAGCAAUGGCAGCAUCAAACCAGUCGGUCCAAUCACCAGCUAUGGUAUCAACGAGGUCGAAGCUGCCUUCCGUAGUCUGCAAAGCGGCAAGAGUAUGGGUAAAUUGGUCAUCACCCCUCGACCCGGAGAUCUUGUCCAAGCUAUCGCGCCCAAGAAGACCACAGGUCUGUUCAAAGACGAUGCCUCAUAUCUGAUUGUCGGAGGUACUGGCGGUCUCGGAUGCAGUAUCGCUAGAUGGAUGGCCUCGCGUGGUGCCAAGUACAUCUGCUUGUCUUCCAGAAGGGCCAACAUUACGCCAAGAUUGGAAGGACUCAUUGGUGAUCUCGCCAAAUUGGGAACCACAGUGUCCGUCCGCGCUUGCGAUGUCGCGGACUCCAUAUCAGUCGAGACUCUGGUCAACGAUCUUCAGAAGGAAGGUCCUAUUCGCGGUGUCAUCCAAGGCGCUAUGGUACUCAAGGAUGUUCUUUACGAGCAGAUGACUCUGGAUGACUUCAACGCAGUCGUCAACCCCAAGGUUACCGGUACCCUUAAUCUGCACAAGAGUCUUGAAACUUCCGAGCUUGACUUCUUCGUCGCUCUUUCCUCGGUCGCCGGUGUUGUUGGCAACCGUGGUCAAACAGCCUACGCAGCUGCCAAUGUCUUCUUGGACACUUUCAUGGCUCACCGAAACGCAAAAGGACUGCCUGGUACCUCUCUCGACCUUACUGCCGUUUCGGACGUUGGCUACCUGGCUGACAACAGCGAGAGAGCAGCUGAUGUCCUCCGCAAUCUUGGCGGUGAGACGAUCGAGGAGUGUGAGAUCAUUGGUCUGCUCACCGCUGCUGUCACAGGCAAGAUCACCGCAAGCAACAAUCAUGUCAUUACUGGUCUGAAGAUCAACCCUGGCUCUGAGCCUUUCUGGUGUCACGAUGCAAAGUUCAGCAAGUUGCUCGCUGCAGCUGUAUCACAAACUUCUGCCGAGGGUGGUAAUGUAAAUGUGCCUUUGCCCCAAGCACUGAAGAGUGCUGGUGACAGCGAAAAGGCACUUGAAGUUUUGUAUGCCGCUCUCGUGAACAAGCUAGCUGCAGUUUUGAUGUUGUCAGUCGAGGAAAUGGAGCCUACAGCAGCAGUUGCAUCAUACUCUCUGGACUCACUGGCUGCUAUCGAGGUCCGCAACUGGAUUGCAAGAGAGGCGGAUGCGAAUGUUCAGGUCUUGGAAUUGCUCACCAGUCCCAGUCUGAUGGAGCUUGCAAAGUUGAUUCUCAAGAAGAGUAAAUUGGUUUCGUUUGAAUGA